AUGACCUCCAAUGACUCAGCCAGCCUGAAGAUCCUGCAAUUAAACCUGAAUCACUGCAUCGCAGCCCAAGACCUGCUGCAGCAGACUGUUCGGGAGAUACGAGCGGAUAUAGCCCUGCUAAGCGAACCUUAUAAAACCGGCACAGGUCCCUGCUGGGCCAAGGACUCGAGCGGUAGAGCAGCGGUUUGGUGUUGUGGUAGCAGCGACGGCGUAUUGCAGGACAUUCUACGCGAGGAUGGAUUUGUGAGAGCGAGGUUUGGCAGUUAUUGGCUCUACAGCUGCUAUCUCGCGCCUAGCUUAACCCUGGAGCAGUUUGGCCGGACGGUAGACAAAAUCGCCGAUAACAUUAGAGGACGACAAGGAGUGAUUAUAGGUGGCGACUUUAAUGCUUGGUCAGUCGAAUGGGGAAGUACACGCUCUGACGCUCGAGGUAGAUUGCUGCUGGAAGCUUUCGCCAAUCUUAACAUCUCCUUGCUAAAUGUUGGCUCCGAGAAUACCUUCAGAAGGUCCGGCACAGGAUCUAUUGUGGAUCUUUCUUUUGCCAGCGACAGUAUCGCCGCCUCAGCCACAUGGCACGUGGGAUCAACAUACUCGGCGAGUGACCAUGAAGUCAUCACCUUCACCAUUGGCGACAGCAGGCAACCGCUCCCUAGGACGCAGCAUUUUCGAAGGGUUUUUAAGGCGGAAACCCUUAACUCGCAGGUCUUUGGCCACAACCUGGAGGGCCUAAGCGUUAGGGACAACAUGAGCGCGGAAGACGCCGCAAAUUCCGUAAUGGCACGGAUAGUAGAGGCAUGCGAGGCUAGCAUGUCUCAGAGUGGCACAUACACACGCCACCACACCCCAGUCUUUUGGUGGAAUGACGCUGUCGCUGAAGCUAGGAGAUCCUGCCUUCGCGCAAGGCGUCUCUAUCAGCGCGCACGUGGUUCGACAAACUUCGAGGCCCUGGGCCUGGAGUAUAAGAGACGUCGGAAUAUGCUCAAGAUUGCGAUCCGUUCCAGCAAACGUGAAUGUUUCCUCGCUCUGUGCGACUCUGCUGAGCACGACCCUGGGGCAAGGCCUACCAGCUAG